AUGGAAGCACGGUGGAAACUCAGCCGGGAUAGCACUGCACCUGUCGUGGACGCCACCGAGUACAGGAGAGUUGUCGGGAGUUUGAGAUACUUGGUGAACACUCGCCCGGAUCUUGCCUUCUCGGUUGGGUACGUCAGCAGAUUUAUGGAGAAACCAACAAUUGAGCACUUGGUGGUGGUGAAGCGAAUCUUGCGCUACGUCGCCAGCAACAUCAGUGUUGGUUGCUGGUAUCCAAAGGCGUCCGUCAACAAGCUUAUAGGCUACAGUGACAACGAGCACGUCGGAGACAUUGACACUCGUCGGAGCACUAGUGGGGCCUUGUUCUUCCGCAGAAGGUCAUUGGUGAGCUGGUUCUCGCAGAAGCAGAGAGUUGUCGCACUCUCCUCUUGCGAAGCGGAAUACAUGGCAGCGACAUCAGCUGCCUGCCAGGGUGUUUGGUUGGCGCAGCUUCUAGCUGAACUGACAAGCGAGGAACAGCGCGCCUUCACUCUGAAAAUGGAUAGCAAAUCAGCGAUCGCCCUCAGCAAGAACCCAGUUUUCCACGAUCGAAGCAAGCACAUUGAUACACGAUUCCAUUUCAUCAGGGAGUGCGUGGAGCAAGGGAAGAUUGACGUCGAUUUUAUUGUGUCGGACCCCUCCUUUGGGGUCACCUCGUGUAGCUCAUACCAAUCCCUGGAUUAG